CGCUCGGAGGGACUCAGGCAGAGCCGCUGAGCAAGCGGCCGCCCCGCUCUCCCUGUCAGACAGCGCGGCUUCACCCUCUUCCAAGCCAGCGCCAUCUUGGCUCGGCCAGAGGAGCGGCGCGGCGGGCGGGUCGGCGGAGUACCUUCAAGACGCCACGUUUCUCCUGGGCGAGAGGAGCUUUCUAUGGCAGCAGACUUACUUCAGAGUGAGAAUGGGAGCAGCGCAGAGCUGGCAAAGCCUCUCCAUCUGCAAUACCUGGAACGUGCACUACGACUCGACCCCUUCCUGCGUCAGGCUGCUGUCGUCUUCAACAGGCCCAUCUCCAGCAGUGAUGAGAGUGACGAUGGUCUGGAGGAGGCUCCCUCACUAUCCAAGCCAGGGCCUGCAAACCUGAGCCACAUUAAGAAGGAACCAGUGGAUGAGGACGUGGGAGAGAGACGGGCGCUGGCAGCCCCACGCUCACUCAAUGGGGCUUUCCAUCCAGAGGUGAGAGCGGAGCGGGCAAACCUGUACAACUUCAGCAAAGUCAAGAAGAGCAGGAAGUGGCUGAAGAGCAUUCUGCUGAGUGAGGAGACAUCAGAUGAGUCUGAGCACGAGGAGCCCAAUGACAGCUUCACUCUCUCCAAGGACGAGCUGCACGACAUGCUCCGUCUCCACAAGUCCCGCAAACUCCACCAGAGCCGGGUGCACAGUGACCGCGAGCAGCACCAGUACCAGUAUUACAGCACCGGGCUGCUCUCCACACAUGACCACUUCUACGAGCAGCAACGCCAUGUCCUGGGUCCCAGCAAGAAGAAGAAGAAGGAGGAGAAGAAGCUAAAGGCUAAGCUGAAGAAGGUAAAGAGGAGGCGGGAGGUGGAGCACUCCAUUGGGGAGUCGCCCCACCGCCUGGAGAUGAAAAUCUUUGCCAAGUUUUCACACGACGCCCCUCCGCCCGGCUCCAAGAAAAAGCACCUGAGCCUGGAGCAGCUGAACGCCCGGCGCCGCAAGGUGUGGCUCAGCAUCGCCAAGAAAGAGGUGCCCAAGAUGUACAAACAGAAAUCCUCCGCACGGAACAUGAUCCUGACAAACACCAAGAAGCUGGCGUACCAGUGUAUGCGAGAGGUGAGGAGAGCUGCUAUCCAGGCCCAAAAGAACUGUAAGGAGACACUGCCCCGAGCCCGCCGGCUGACCAGGGAAAUGCUACUGUACUGGAAGAGGUACGAGAAGGUGGAGAAGGAACAUCGCAAGCGGGCAGAGAAGGAGGCGCUCGAGCAGCGCAAGCUGGACGAGGAGAUGCGGGAGGCUAAGCGACAGCAGAGGAAGCUGAACUUCCUGAUCACACAGACAGAGCUGUACGCUCACUUUAUGAGCCGGAAGCGGGAGAGCGAGAGCGACGAGGAGCAGGACCGCAUCCUCCUCAAGCUGGACGACAGCGUCACGUACCGGCAGGUCCACAUCGGUGGCGGAGUCCUCAUUAACCUCACCCAGGAGGAUUACGACAGUGAGUACUACAAGGCCCAGGCACUGAAGAACGCUGAGGAAGCUUAUCAAGUGCAGCAAGCUCGGACCCGGCUGUUUGAUGAGGAAGCAAAGGAGAGCCGGAUGGCAGCGCUGCGGGCAGCCAACGAGUCCGGCACGGGGUUUGGGGAGAGUUACAGCUUGGCCAAUCCUUCCAUCUGCGCUGGGGAGGAUAUCCCACAGCCUGCCAUGUUCAUUGGCAAACUCAAGGCCUAUCAGCUGAAGGGCAUGAACUGGCUCGCCAACUUGUACGAGCAGGGUAUCAACGGGAUAUUGGCUGAUGAAAUGGGGCUGGGGAAGACGGUGCAGAGCAUCGCUUUCCUGGCACACUUGGCUGAGAGGGAGAACAUCUGGGGUCCGUUUUUAAUCAUCUCCCCCGCUUCAACCCUCAACAACUGGCACCAGGAAUUCACCAGAUUUGUUCCUCGGUUCAAGGUGCUGCCGUACUGGGGGAACCCGCACGACCGAAAGGUGAUCAGGAAAUUCUGGAGUCAGAAGACGCUAUACACACAGGAUGCCCCAUUCCACGUGGUGAUAACCAGCUACCAGCUGGUGGUGCAGGACGUCAAGUACUUCCAGAGGGUCAAGUGGCAAUACAUGGUGCUGGACGAGGCCCAGGCUCUCAAAAGCAGCUCCAGUGUGCGAUGGAAGAUCCUGUUACAAUUUCAAUGUCGAAAUAGGCUGCUGCUGACGGGGACGCCCAUCCAGAACACCAUGGCUGAGCUUUGGGCCCUGCUGCACUUCAUCAUGCCCACUCUCUUCGACUCCCACGAUGAAUUCAACGAGUGGUUCUCCCGGGACAUCGAGAGCCAUGCGGAGAACAAGUCUGCUAUCGAUGAGAACCAGCUGUCUCGCCUACACAUGAUUCUCAAACCUUUCAUGCUGCGGAGGAUAAAAAAGGAUGUGGAGAAUGAGCUCUCUGAUAAGAUUGAGAUCCUGAUGUACUGCCAGCUGACGGGUAGGCAGAAGCUGCUGUACCAGGCGCUGAAGCACAAGAUCUCCAUUGAAGACCUGCUGCAGUCCUCCAUGGGCACCAGCCAGCAGGCCCAGAACAGCACCAGCAGCCUUAUGAACCUCGUCAUGCAGUUCCGUAAGGUGUGUAACCACCCGGAGCUGUUUGAGCGCCAAGAGACUAAAUCACCCUUUCACAUGUCUCUGAGACCCUACAGCAUUCCCAAGCUUGUGUACAGGCACGGCCAGAUUAUCCACUUCAGUCACUGUCGCAACAGGUGGUUACGAGUCAUCAUGUCACCCUUCUCCCCGGCCCAUAUCCAACAAUCUCUCUUCCACAGAAAAGGUAACGAUGAAGGAAGCGCUUUUUCUUUCCUGCGGUUUAUUGAUGUGUCGCCCUCCGAAAUCUCCAAUCUCAUGCUUCAAGGCAUGCUGGCCAGGUGGUUAGCUUUAUUUCUAGCACUCAAAGCUUCCUACAGGCUUCAUCACACUCGCAGCUGGGGGGAAGCUGAGCUCCCGGGGCAGCACCUCAACAACCAGGCACUCGUCAUAUGGCUGGACUCUCCACUGGCCUUCCCCAACAUUCACAGCAGCAGAGUUUUACAGGAACUGUGUUUCACCAGCUGUCAUAAGGCUGUUGUGCGCCACGUGCAAUAUGCUCAUCCCCGGAAAUCUGCCUUAUCUUCGCACUACAGUCAGUCAGUGGAGCUGCCAGCCUUCCUGUACACCUCCAGUCCCAGGGUGACCGCUGUGCCACACGAGGCCUACUGCUGUGAUCGCAGCGCUGAAUAUGAGCGGCGGCUGGUGCGGGAAGGGGGUAGCCUCACGGCCAGGCAGUGCCUGCUGUACGGCACCCCACAGCUUGCUGUACACUGGAGGAAUCGUCUCUCCAGCUUCUUCCCCGACAGUCCCGGGGGCCUGUUCGCCAUUCAGGCCAGGCGCGGCUGGUCUUUCAUCAGGAUCCCAGACAAGGAGAGCCUGAUCACAGACAGUGGCAAGUUGCACACGCUGGACAUCCUGCUGACACGACUGAAAGCUCAGGGACAUCGCAUUCUCAUCUACUCCCAGAUGACCCGCAUGAUCGACCUGCUGGAGGAAUACAUGGUGUUCAGACAGCACACUUACAUGAGGCUGGAUGGCUCCUCUAAGAUCUCGGAGCGCAGGGACAUGGUGGCCGACUUCCAGAGCAGAACGGACAUCUUUGUCUUCCUCCUGAGCACGCGUGCCGGGGGGCUCGGCAUUAAUCUGACCGCGGCGGAUACGGUGAUAUUUUACGACAAUGACUGGAACCCCACGGUGGACCAACAGGCCAUGGACCGUGCUCACCGCCUGGGACAGACCAAGCAGGUCACCGUGUACCGGCUCAUCUGUCAGGGCAGCAUCGAGGAACGCAUCCUGCAGCGUGCCAAGGAGAAGAGCGAGAUUCAGCGAAUGGUAAUUUCUGGGGGAAACUUCAAGCCAGACACCCUGAAACCCAAGGAGGUGGUCAGCUUACUGCUGGACGACGAGGAGUUGGAGAAGAAGUUGCGGCUACGACAGGAAGAGAAGCGAGUUCAGGAGGAGACAAACAAGGUGAAGGAUCGAAAGCGGAAACGAGAGAAAUAUGCAGAAAAGAGGAGGAGAGAGGACAGUGAGGUGAUGAAGAGGAGGAGAGAGGGGCUGAGCACACUGACGCCCUCGCUGGCCUCCGCUGAGAACUCCAACAUCUCCUCUGGGAAUCUGUCAGCCGACGGCGAUGGAGAAGACUCCUUCCUCAGCAUGGACUCCGCCAUGCCCAGCCCUUACAGCGAGAUCUCUAUGAGCAGUGAGCAGCACACGGGCUCCAUCGCGCCGGACGAGAGCAGCAGUGACCUGGUGAUAGUGGAUGAUCUGGCCUCAGCGGCUCAGUCCCGAGCCACCAGCUCCCCCGUCUCCAUCACGGGCUCCACCUCCGACCAGAUCAACGGAAUGUCCCAGGAGAGGUCCUUGUCCGCCCACAGCCACUCUGGCCGAGCCCGCGGACGUCCCAAGUGCUCCGCGGCUUCAGGGAAGGCAUCGAGUAAAGGCCGCGGCAGGAAGCCUGGGACUGGCAGUGCAGCCGCCAUAGCGGGAGCCAGGGCAGGAGCAGCCGCUGCCUCAGCCGCAGCCUAUGCCGCGUACGGCUACAGCGUGUCCAAAGGGCUGGUGGUGAGCGGGUGUUUGCCGCCGGUGGUGGGCCGACCUGGCAGCACAGCAGCGUUCAGUGUGGUGAGCAGCUCCCCUCACAGCCAGACCAACAGUGUGGCCCCGGACACCAGCACCCCGGCACACUCUCCCAGCAAGCAGGCCGGCAAGGGGCUGCUGGAGGCAGCCACGGCGGGGGGACGGUAACCAGCGCCUCCCCUCCUCCCCCCAACCCCCAGAGCAGGGGGUCUGAGUGUCACAGCUUGUUGAAAAGCCAAAAAAGAGAAGUGAAAUCAUGGAGAAGGUGUUUGUGUGGGAGUGAGGUGUCGAUGAUGUUCACCGCCAGCCAGCGAAGGAGUGAGCGAGCGAGCGAGCACACGCCUGACUUUGGUUUCCUGAAUGUGCUAUUUUUUAUAGAUGAACUUGUAAAUAUGUGUAAAAAAACGGGAAAAAUCAAAGCGAGAAGUGCUAUCUUUUACUAACCAGAGGCUGCUGACCCACCCACCCUGCGGCGGGGGAGAAAUGGUCGUUUUAUGGCGAAUUGUAUGUGUAUUUUUACUAGUUUACAAACAGCCCCACGUUGGAACAUGGUUUUAAUUUGCCUGAGGAGGCAGCUCGUGCCCUGAUUUGUCGCCCCCACCCGGCAGAGCCCCCCCACCCCCCCAACUCUCCGCUCUUUCCCUAGUACCCCCUCUCCUUCCACACUCUCUCCGCCCCUCCCCGCUCAGCUCCCUGCUGGUUUGAUCUUGGCAGCGGAGCCAGUGGAUGGGCUUCAGGAAGUAGCUCCAUCCCCAAGCCCCUGCCCCCUCCGCACAGCUGCCAGUGUGUGGUGACCGGCCCGGUCUCUCACAGCACUGACCAACUCAGCCACCAGCUUAGCCUCUUCCUGUUACUAGUCGCACACGGCUCCAGGUUGAGUGUGGACUCUCUCCCCACCCCCCCACCCCCCAGGAUGUUUUCCCCAUGCCCCACCAAACAGAAGCUUCAUAUCUCUAUAAGAGCUUUGCCCGUGCAACCGUGGAGCAAGCCCACCCUGGGUGCUCGGUCACAGUGACAGAGGUAGGGCCAGGGAGAGGGUGGGGGCUCUGCUUUCCCGGCGUCCCCGUGCCGCAAAGCUUCCCCUGAACAGUGAGAGACCAGCAUCUGAUCCACGCCUAUAAUGGCUCAAUGCGCUUCACAGUAAUUGCUGUUAACUGUAGUGACUGUAUUUGUAGGCAGUGUCCCCACACAAAACAAAUCAUCCAAUAAAGAGAUCAUUAACUUGG